AUGGGCAGUAAGGCGGGGCCCGGGGAAGGCGGCACUGCCCAGGGACCCUGGGUCAUCCUAGGUGUGGGAGGGGGUCCUCAGGAAGCAGGGGCCCGCGGGUCCCCAGGUGUGGUGCGGGAGGUGGGUAGGGUGCCGGCACUAGCUGAUGGGUGCGGCGAGGAGGCCGCCAUCUUUAGCGGGGAGGUGGUGCAGCAAGGCGCGGCCCUGUUGGAGGGAGAGGUGUCUCAGAUCGGGGAGGUGUUUUGGCUGCCUGUGGAGGACAUCAUGGAAGAGGUGGAGGUGGUGGCGGAGGAGGAGGAGGAGCAGGAACAGCAGGAGGAGCAGAUGCUGGAAGAGCCAGGGCCCUCCCCGAAGAGCGCCCCGCCCCCGCUGGAGGCGCUGGAGGUCGUGCAAUUACAGAUGGAGCCUCUGAAUAGGCAAUGCCGCCGAGCCUGCUCUCGUCUCAAGCGCAGAACACUUUGGAGGCGGAAGCCCUAUCUAGAACACAGAAGCACCAUCAUCCAGAGCAUCCCUGGCUUCUGGGUCAAAGUUUUUGUGAACCACCCCCAGAUGUCGGCCACGAUGAGUGACCUAGAUAAAGACAUGCUUAGCUACAUGACCAACUUGAAGGUGGAGGAACUCAGAUAUCCCAGUGAUUGCUGCAAGAUCGUGUUGUUUUUCCGGAACAACCGCUAUUUCCAGAAUGAAGUGGUUGUUAAGGAGUAUCUCAUUAACGUCACUGGAUAUAUGGCAUCUCAUUCCACUCCAGUUCAGUGGCACCAGCGUUUUGAAAGUGAGGCGUAUAGCCGCAGGCAGCACAGCAGCAGCCUUGACUUCUUCAGGUGGUUCUCUGACCACAGCUUUGCAGGAUCUAGCAGGAUUGCUGAGGUGGGGUGCCUCUGGGCCUCCUCAGCAAUGGCGAUGUUGUUUGGCUGCUCGGGGGGAGGGGUGUGGGCCUGGCCUGGCCUGGCCUGUCCCGACCGGGCCCCUUUCCCCUACCAGAUCAUCAGCGAGGACCUGUGGCCCAAUCCCCUGCGCUACUACCCCAGGGAAGAACGCCCCACCGGGACAGGAACUGCCGAUUUUGAGAUGCGUGUGAUGGAGCAUCACCCUUGACCUAAGAAGCUGCUUCAGAUGAAGGCGAACGGUCAACAUGGUUGUCAUGCACACGAAGAAAUGAAGAGAGGUCUGGUGGUGAAACGUACA